AUGCAAGCUCUCAUGAUCAGACCCCGCCCCUGUAUCCCAGAACCCGCGCACGAGGAUGUAGCCAACCUAGCUGCUCAUCAUGCGUGUCAUACAUACUGGCCCGAGAGUGGUACAUGGAGCAUCGGCAUGCGAUCGUCCAAGCACUGUGCAGGCGUCAAGAGCUUGGCCAUGAUGCUACAUGGACAGCACCGAGUAGCACUCCAGCCCAAGCUUCCACCAGGGGCCUGGGCUCGCGAGACGGCAGUUGCUCAGACACAGUCUGCCAUCAUGUACUGA